AUGGAGAGCUUUUAGAAUAUUAUAUAGAGCCCAGAUGCAACUUACUAAUUAUUUAUACGAAAAACUUAAUUUAAAGAAAACAAUUACAAAAAAGUAGGGUUUCCUAUUUAUGGAUGCAAGAUGAAUCUUUAAUAAUCACCAAGAUUAAAUUGUCAAUUAAAAUCCUAAAUCGGUUACGAUAAGAAUUAUAAAAUAAGAUCUAAUUCUGUAAAACAUGGUUAAAAUAAUACAUAUGGACAAGUAUAGAAUAAAUGCUAAAUCUAUUAAUAAUAAAUCAACGAUGUUAUAUAAAAGAGAAGAGACGUCAAUAUCAACUCUAUUGAAUAAUAAAUUUAUUAGGGAAAGUUGUAUAAAUAAUAUACAUAACCUGAAAAAAGAUAUAGCUUAGUUUUACCAUAAUUAUUGUUUCAAAAACAAAAAUAAAAACAGAAAAUUGUGUAAAAUUAAGCAAUAACUGAGCCUUCUUUAAUAAUAGAUUUAUAACCAUGGGAAUCACAUCAAAAUUCUAUAACUUACUUUUGA